CAUGAUGUUUAAACUAACAAUGAUAUUUUCUAUUGUCAUUUUGGAAAUUUUCUUUUCAAAUAGAAUAUUUACAUCUGGAGAAAAGUUUGCAAAUGGAAAGCUAAUUAACGUUGCUGGCAAAAUGAAUAAUGCAACUUGUACAUCUUCAAAUGAUCAUGCAAGCAAUGUAUUACUUAAUUUCCAUCGCGAAAAUAUAAUGGAUCCUUUCUGGGUGAAUAUAAAUGAUUGGGUUGCUAAAUGUGAUCCUGACCCAUGUCAUUUACAAUGGAUUAAUAUUACUUUCCAAAAACAAUAUGAUAUUGUAGAGAUUUGCGUAUAUCAGAGAAUUAUUAAGGCAACCAACAGAAUAAAUAAACUUACUAUUCGAAUGGACAAUCAAAAUAAAACAUAUUUAUUAAAUGAUAUACAAACUUGCCUUUUAUUGGAUGAAGAUUUUGGUUCAAAAUCAUCCAGUAUCCGUCUUAGUCUUGCAGAGUCUAGGAGUGUAAUACCGAAUAUAGGAAUUGGUUAUAUUUCUGCUCUUGCUUACAACAAUGAUCAGGACUCAUUGGAAUAUGAAGAUUAUGAAAAUAUUGCUCAACAGGAAAUGGGAGCAACUUGUUCUAGUUCAUCAUCAAUUCCACUGAACGAAUGUAAAAAUGCAUUAGAUUGGACAUUUAAUACAUAUUGGAAAGCUGAUUGUCCAUCUAUCAUUAACUGUGUUGGCCAAUAUAUAAGUGUUACAUUCACAAGAACAACAGAACCAGAAAAAAUUUGUUUGGCAAAUGUGUAA